AUGCCAUCCCCACAAAGAAUCAUCGAACUACAAAAGAUUUUCCAACACUCCAAGAAGCCAUUGUGGAUGAGACACCCAAGAUCUGCUUUCUACUUGUAUCCAUUCUGGGGUUUGUUCGCUGUUGCAGUUGUUUCCCCAUUGCUAUACAUUCCAAAUGCUAUCAUGGGUAUCAAGGCUAAGAAGAACUGA